AUGCUCGCGUGGAAGGCCCUCCCCGAGGCGCAGCGCCGAGACUCUCCCUCCCCCCGGCCGCUGCUCAUCUCCUUCGAGUGCACCCCGACCUUCACCCUCGGCCGCCGGCAGGACGACCUCGCGCCUGCGCAGGCGGCUCACCUGCAGCAGCCUCUGGCGGUGCGCCUGCGGUCCGGCAGCGAUGAGCGCCUCGUUCCCGUCGUGCGUAAGACGAACCGCGGCGGGCUGACGACGUACCACGGCCCCGGCCAGCUCGUGCUGUGGCCCGUCGUCGACAUGCACUCGCCGCUGUACGCGCGAUACGGCGUGGCUUCGUACGCCGGCCACCUCGAGGCCACCACCCAGCGGCUGCUGGCCACGCGCUUCGGCGUCGGCGCCUCGACGGUGCGCGACGAGCCCGGCGUGUGGGUCGACGCCGCCGGCGACCGUCCGCGCAAGAUCGCCGCGCUGGGCGUGCAUCAUCGGCGUUACGUGACGGCGCUCGGCCUCGCCCUCAACGUGGACCUGCCCGUCGAGGGCGGCGAGGAGGCGAACCCAUGGGCGCGGUUCGUGCCGUGCGGGCUCGAAGGCAAGGCAGUGACGAGCGUGGCCGCCGAGGCCGGAGGCAGGCUAGACGCGCGAUGGGAUGCCCGGGAGCUGGCGGCCGAAUGGGCGCGGCUGUUUGAGCAGGGCAUGCUCGACGAGACCAAGCGGACGAUUGACGGGCUGCGGAGGUGA